UCGGGUUAAUGCAGACUGAAAGUGCUGGGGCGCCGCGCGGCCCUCCAGUGUUGCGGAAAGGCGGCGCAGCGCGCAGCAGCACCUGUCCGCCGCCGGGAGCCGGGAGCGGGCGCGGGAGGGACGCGCGCGGCGGCGGUAGCAGCGGCAGCGGCAGCGGCAGCGGCGGCCGCCGGGGAAGCCGCGGGAGCCGCGGUGCGCGCCCGGACUCAGCCCGCGCGGGGACGCGGAGGGAAGGCGGACUGGGGGAGCGAUGCGCUACACUGCUCUCCGAUGUUGGAUAUUUGCUUGGAAAAACGUGUGGGUACGACCUCGGCUGCCCCGAAGUGUAGUAGCUCCAGCGCUGUGAGGUUGCAAGCACUGGCCGAGGGGACCAUGAAAAUGGACAUGGAGGACGCCGAUAUGACUCUGUGGACAGAGGCUGAUUUUGAAGAGAAGUGUACGUACAUCGUCAAUGACCACCAGUGGGAUUCUGGUGCCGAUGGAAGCACCUCGGUUCAGGCCGAGGCAUCUUUACCCAGGAACCUGCUUUUCAAAUAUGCCACGAACAGCCAAGAGGUUAUUGGAGUAGUGAGUAAAGAAUACAUACCAAAAGGAACACGUUUUGGGCCUCUAAUAGGAGAAAUCUACACCAAUGAUACAGUUCCUAAGAACGCUAGCAGGAAAUAUUUUUGGCGGAUCUAUUCCAGAGGGGAGCUCCACCACUUCAUCGAUGGCUUUAAUGAGGAGAAAAGCAACUGGAUGCGCUACGUGAAUCCAGCACACUCUGCCCGGGAGCAAAACCUGGCUGCGUGUCAGAACGGGAUGAACAUCUACUUCUACACCAUUAAGCCCAUCCCUGCCAACCAGGAGCUUCUUGUGUGGUAUUGUCGGGACUUUGCAGAAAGGCUUCACUAUCCUUAUCCCGGAGAGCUGACAAUGAUGAAUCUCACACAAAGUCAGAGCAAUCCAAAGCUGCAGAGCAUGGAGAAGAGCGACCUUUGCCCCAAGUCCAUGCCCAAGAGAGAGUAUAGCGUGAAAGAGAUCCUCAAGCUGGACUCCCCUCCCUCCAAAGGCAAGGACCUGUACCGUUCCAACAUUUCACCCCUCGCUCCGGAAAAGGACGCCGAGGACUUCAGGAAAAACGGGAGCCCUGAAAUGCCCUACUACCCUCGGGUGGUUUACCCCGUCCGGGCCCCUCUCCCAGAAGACUUUCUGAAAGCAUCUCUGGCCUAUGGCAUGGAGAGGCCCACCUACAUCACCCACUCGCCCAUCCCGUCCUCCACCACUCCCAGUCCCUCUGCCAGAAGCAGUCCCGACCAAAGCUUCAGAAGCUCCAGCCCCCACAGCAGCCCGGGGAACACCGUGUCGCCCCUGGCUCCAGGCCCUCAUGAACCCCGGGACUCGUAUACCUACUUGAACGGGCACUAUGGCACUGAGGGCUUGAGCUCCUACCCCGGCUACCCACCUGCCCCUCACCUUCCCCCCACCUUCCUCCCCUCCUAUAACCCUCACUACCCCAAGUUCCUGUUACCCCCCUACGGCAUGAACUGCAACAGUCUCGGUUCUGUGGGCAACAUCAACAGCCUCAACAACUUCGGCCUUUUCCCACGCCUAUACCCCGUCUACGGCAACCUCCUUGGCGGAGGCAGCUUGCCUCACCCCAUGCUCGCCCCGGCCGCUCUCCCCAACUCGCUACCUUCCGACGGGGCCCGGAGGUUGCUCCAGCCUGAACAUCCUCGGGAGGUGAUCGUGCCCGCACCCCACAGUGCCUUCUCCCUCACCGGGGCUGCUGCCGCCGCCAGCUUGAAGGACAAAGGGGGUAGCCCCACCAGUGGCUCCCCCACGGCAGGCACAGCCGCCACCUCCUCCGAACACGUGGUGCAACCCAAAGCUACCUCAGCAGCCCCCAGCAGCGACGAGGCCAUGAAUCUCAUCAAGAACAAGAGGAACGUGACCGGCUACAAGACCCUGCCCUACCCGCUGAAGAAGCAGAAUGGCAAGAUCAAGUACGAAUGCAACGUGUGCUCCAAGACCUUCGGGCAGCUCUCAAAUCUGAAGGUCCACCUCAGAGUGCACAGUGGAGAACGGCCUUUCAAGUGUCAGACCUGCAACAAGGGCUUCACUCAGCUGGCCCACCUGCAGAAACACUACCUGGUACACACAGGAGAGAAGCCACAUGAAUGCCAGGUUUGCCACAAGCGCUUCAGCAGCACCAGCAAUCUCAAGACCCACCUGCGCCUGCACUCAGGCGAGAAGCCGUACCAGUGCAAGGUGUGCCCUGCCAAGUUCACUCAGUUCGUGCACCUGAAACUCCACAAGCGCCUGCAUACCCGGGAGCGGCCCCAUAAGUGUGUGCACUGCCACAAGAGCUACAUCCAUCUCUGCAGCCUCAAGGUCCACCUGAAAGGGAACUGUCCCGCAGCCCCCGCCCCGGCACUGACGCUGGAGGACCUGAGCCGCAUCAACGAGGAGAUUGAGAAGUUUGACAUCAGCGACAACGCGGACCGGCUCGAGGACGUGGAGGACAACGUGGACGUGACCUCCGUGGUGGAGAAAGAAAUCCUGGCCGUGGUCCGGAAGGAGAAGGAAGAAACGGGCCUGAAAGCAUCUUUGCAAAGAAACCUGGGACCCGGACUCCUAUCAGGGUGCAGCCUCUAUGAGUCCUCGGACCCGUCCCUCAUCAAGUUGCCUCACAGCAACCCGCUACCUCUGCUACCUGUAAAGGUCAAACAAGAAACAGUCGAACCGAUGGAUCCUUAAGAUUUUCAGAAGACUCAAAGUGUUGUGUUGUGUUUCUUAACUUAUGACUGGGCGAGCCAGGGCACAUGUGGCUUGUACGUAAUUCCAGUUUCACAAAGCUCUCCCGCCGUAGAUGGCCUCCCCAAACCUCGCUGGAAUUAAAGAAGGAACUCCAAAGUUACUGAAAUCUCAGGGCAUAAACGAGGCAGACAAUAUAUAUACGUAUUUUAUAUAUAUAUAUACAUAUAUAUACUUAUUUACACCCCAUCUAUAUAUUUGAACCUGUGUAUUUUGAACAUUUUGUGUGGAUAUGUUUGCAUAGCCUUCCCAUUAGUAAGACUAUUUCCUAGCCAUAAUUAUUUUUUCAAUGAUAAUCCUUCAUAAUUUAUUAUACAAUUUAUCAUUCAAAAAGCAAUAAUUAAAAAGAGUUUACAAUGACUGGAAAAAUUGUUUCUAAUUUGAGUAUAUAAAUGUUAUAUUUUUUUUUUGUCUUGUGGCCAUUCUUUGUAGAUAAUUUCUGCACAUCUGUUUCCGUAUCUACAAUGUUGGUAAGAUUUAGUAGGCAGAGACAAUUAGUUCAUUUGACCUCCCUCUAUAAUAAUGGUUUGGUGUCGCCACGGUCAGACAAUCGAUGUGUUCAUCUUGGAGUCAUAUCAUUUGAAGAGCAUUGUGUAGUAACUUGGGGGUAUGUGUGCAGAAUUACCCAAUAAUAACUUCUGUAGGAAAAUCAAGGGAAUCGCAAAUAUCCUUGUAGAUAGUUCAGUUCCCAGCCGCAGUUUACCAGAAAGACAGAAAGCCUUGCCAAUCUGUGUCUCUCCAAAAAUACAGGGUCACCUCCCCCCACCCCAAAGUCCUGUGACUUUUGCAUCCCAAUGUAUUAUCUGAAAAUGUGAAGAAGAAAUGCCAUGUUUGAAGUCACUCGAAAUGCAUCCCUCAGCAUGAGUGGCUCUGUAUAUGAGGUUUGGGGGCUUGAGUCCACAUGUUGUUUCUUGUUGUUGAUUUUUGUUGUUGUUUUGUCCAAAUUGCACAAAAAUGGUGCUCUGCCAGGAAGGAUUUGAGGUCGAUGAGGCUCAGGCCACUCUUCAGCAACAAAUAAGUGAAAAAACGGGUAUUCUCGUUGUCUUUGGGUAAAAGCGGGUAACGAACAUUCCUAUCCCCAACACAUCAAUGGUGUUUUUUUUUUUCUGUAAAACUCCGGUUUUCCUCAGUAUUUGUAUUUUUACAUUUUGUGGUUAAUUUAAUGGAAGAUGAAAGGGCAUUGCAAAGUUGUUCAACAACAAUUACCUCAUUGAGUGUGUCCAGUUUUGCAGGUAUUGGUGUCUUAUAGAAUGAUUUGCUACCCUCGAGGAGAAACCAUGUGUACUCCAAAAAGGUAGAAUGUGCCAUUCUAUCUUCUACUCUGCUAAGCCCAAAGAUUAUGUGUUGGCAUUCAAGGUGUAGCAAAAGAGUGAUGUAUAUUUAUAAAUCUAUUUAUACCACUAUACCACGUGUAUAUAUAAUAUAUUUAUAACCACUUAAAUUGUGAGCCAAACCAUGUAAAGGAACCUACUUUUCCUAAGGCAAGAAAAUAAAAACUCACCCUUUCUGAAACUUUGCUCAAUACUUCCUGACCUCACGCUGACACAGGUGCAUGUGGGCAUCUCCUGCCUGUUGUAAGACCCCACAACCUUAGUGCCGAGGGUGGGGACGUAAUGACCAGGGAAAAAGAGUCCAUCAUUUUCCACGGUUAAGAACCAUGGCUUUAUUUUUGUUGGGUCACGUAAUUAACGUGGUCACACCAAAUCACAAAAAACUUACAUUACUACUUUCUUCUCACCAUUAACUCCUCUCUUCCUUUUUCUCCUUCCUAAAUAACUGAUGUAUCACUAAUCAAGGUGGUUCAUAGAGUCAGCAUUGUGUCAUGGCAACUAAUGUCAUCUUGCAGAAAACAACUGCAGGAUAAUCCAGGGAAACCUCAGAGCCUUACUAAUGUGUUCCUGUAAGUGGUAAAAACUAUUUGUUUUGAGCCUCAGUGUUCAACAAAUAAUCCUUAAUUGCAACAAACCAAAGCCAUCUCAUUGACAUGGACACCGAGUACUUUGCAUUCCAAACUACUUGUUGGUUCUUUUCUCCUGCUCUGUUUUCUUAAAGUUGCAGGUGUUUAGCGAUGUCUACCUGUACAGUGGCUUUAGACUCCUUGCUUCUCUUUACCUGUGACCCUUCCCAUCUAGGCCUCUUACAUGUGAAUGUUGAGCCCACAAUCAGCAGUGGUUUUAUAUUUUCUUCCCUCUCCUCAAAGUUAAAACUGACCAAAGUUAUUGGCUUUUUACUUUGCUAGAACAACAAACUAUCUUAUGUUUACGUACUGGUUUACAUUGUUAUUUAUGUGCAAAUUGUCAAAAUGUAAAUUAAAUAUAAAUGUUC